AACCCAAUGGACUGGCAUUUACUGCGCACUCAGAGGGGGACACAGAUUGGAUUUUUCCUACAUAGGACAAACAGACAAGGCUUAUGGUUGUGAUACUUCCUAUGAUAUAGCCGACGCUACUCUAGAGGAGAAGAGGACUAGCCCGGCGCGUGGUGAUUUGUUUUGAGUGAAAUCAGAAUGGAGUUAAAUGGCACAGCUCAGAAGCAUGGUGAGUUGGUGUGUGGUGACGCACAGAUUACAGAUUUUCUGUACUGCCUAUUUAAUUCUACUAUUACUGUAUCCAAGAAGAAGAAUGUAAUUUUCUUUUCGUAAAGCAUUGCAAAAUCACCCCUGGAGUGAGUUUCCUCAUUACUGUCUAAGAAUAACAGUGUUUUUCUAAAAUCCCCGAAUGGAUCACUGGAGCCAGUCAGAGGCGUCCCAACCCACUGACAUUAAGAUGUUUUAACACUAAUAAGAUUUUAAGACAGAAGGUGAGGCUACUUUAUAGACCUUUCCCCCCAAGUGUUCAAAGUCCUCCACAGCUGUGGACAGUCACCGCUGCAGGGAAAAGAACAGAGCAAUAGAUGUGACUGGACCCGCCCCAUGAGGGGGGGAACUACGUGGUGGCUGCUUGUCUUCCUCACCGAGGACAGAUUAAACAGCGACCGGAUAUUUUAUUUUUUUUACAUAUUUUUACUGUAAACAAAACAGAAGCUAGUUCCACAAUGUCUUGUUUACAUAAACGUUCGAAAAGGACAAAAUCCGAGGAACAGGCUUUUCAGGAGCGGGUGAAAAAAGUUUCGCAGGAGAAUAGAAAACGCCUAGGUUUGGAGGGAGAUGAAGAUCUACAGUUCCUGCUGACCGGUGGGCUGCUGGUCAAGAUCCGCUCGAACUCCUGGAAGAAUAGCCGCUUCUUCAAACUCCAGGACGACUGCAAGACGUUGUGGCACGAGUCCCACAAGAAAUUCAAGCAAAACCAGACCUUCUCCAUUGAUGACAUUGAUUCAGUGCGCCGGGGCCGUCAGUCUGAGGGGCUUAAAAAAUACACUGAGCCCAGUGUUGAAGAGCAGUGCUUCUCCAUCAUCUUCAAGGACCGCAAGAAAAAUCUGGACCUGAUGGCAGGCAGUGUGGUGGAGGCGAAUCAGUGGGUCAACGGCCUGGAGAAGAUCAUCAGCAACAUGCGCAACCUCAACCCCCAGCAGAAGAGUGAGCAUUGGAUCAUCAACUGCAUGCGGAAAGCAGACAAGAAUGAGGACAACAUGAUGACCCUGAAGGAGCUGAAGCACUUCUUGCGAGAGAUCAACAUUGAAGUGGAUGACACUUAUGCAGAAGAGAUUUUCAAGAAAUGUGACACGUCCAAUUCAGGCACCCUGGAGGGCUCAGAGAUCAAGCAUUUCUACGACCUGCUGAUGCACCGGGAGGAGGUAGACGUGAUUUAUGGGAAGUACGCUGGACCAGAGGGUCAGAUGAGCGCCAGAGACCUGCUGAACUUCCUGCUGAAUGAGCAGAGGGAACAGGUGUCCAUGGAGGACGCUCUCAAGCUGAUUGAAAAAUACGAGGUGGAUGGGACAGCAAAGCAGAAGAAGCACUUGACCAAAGAUGGCUUCCUGAUGUACCUGAACCAUGAAGAUGGCUCCAUCUUCAACCCGGCUCACAAACCCGUGUAUGAGGACAUGCACCAGCCCCUCAACCAUUACUACAUCUCCUCCUCGCACAACACAUACCUGAUGGAAGACCAACUCAAAGGACCCAGCAGCACAGAAGCCUACAUAAAAGCACUGAUGAAGAGCUGUCGCUGUGUGGAACUGGACUGUUGGGAUGGCGCUAGCGGCGAGCCUGUUAUUUACCACGGCUACACACUCACAUCCAAAGUGCUCUUCAGAGAGGUCAUCAAAGUCAUCAAAGAAUACGCGUUCAAAACGUCUGACUACCCAGUGAUCCUGUCCCUGGAGAACCACUGCACUGUGGAACAACAGAAGCUCAUGGCCCAUCACUUGAUCUCCAUACUGGGUGAUGCUUUGGUCACAAAGCCUUUGGGCAAAACCAUGCCCACAAACUUCCCCUCACCUGAGGAACUGAAGGGCAAGUUCCUCAUCAAGGGAAAGCGAUUGAACACACUGGAUGCUGCCUUCAACAAUAACAGCACCAUAGAGGAAGACACUGUGUCUGAGGAGGAUGAGGCUUCAGAUUGUAAGAAUGGCCAAAAAGCUAAACCAAAGAAAUCAAAAAUCAAACUUGCCAAACAGCUCUCAGACAUCGUCAUAUACUGCAAGAGUGUCCAUUUUAAUGGCUUUGAGCACGCCAAGGACAAGCAGGCCUUCUAUGAGAUGUCGUCCUUCAAGGAGAGUAAAGCUUUCAACCUGGCUGAGACUUCAGCUACUCCCUUCAUCCAUCACAACAUGGACAAACUCAGUAGGAUCUACCCUGCUGGCUCCAGAACUGACUCCUCCAACUAUAACCCAGUUCCCAUGUGGAACGUUGGCUGCCAGAUAGUGGCGUUGAACUUCCAGACUCCCUCCAAGGAGAUGCACCUAAACCAGGGUCGGUUUCUGCCCAAUGGUUUUUGUGGCUACAUCCUGAAACCUGAAUUUCUGAGAAACCUGUCGUCUCAGUUUAAUCCCAACACACUUUUGCCAGGGCCCUGGCAAAAGAGGAAGACCUUUCAUGUCAUGGUGAUCACAGCUCAGCAGUUACCUAAAAUCAACAAGGACAAAAACAAAUCCAUCGUUGACCCUCUGGUGAGAGUGGAGAUAUACGGUGUCCCAGCAGACAACGCCAGCAAGGAGACACACUACAUCGACAACAACGGGUUCAACCCAAUGUGGAAUGAGAGCUUCAAGUUUGACAUCCACGUCCCAGAGCUGGCCAUGGUGCGAUUUGUGGUGGAGGACUAUGACUCAACAUCCCAGAAUGAUCUCAUUGGGCAGUACUGUCUACCGCUCACCAGCAUACAGAACGGAUAUCGUCAUGUCCCGCUGCUCACCAAGAGAGGUGAUGUCAUCUGCUCAGCCGGACUGUUUGUGCAUCUCCAGCUCAUCGAUGCCCAGUAGGCUCGUGUUUGAAAAACCUUUAUGCCAGCCAGUUUUUCCCCCGGAAACUCUAAAGGAAUUUGUCCAGUUUUAAAGCUAAAUAAUAUAACUCUGAUUAAAUAUUUCAAAAGAUGUUUCUUGGGGAAAAAAACACUUGUCAUCUGCCAAGCUGCAGCUGCUGACUCACCAUCUGUGUAACACUUUCCUGUCAUUGCAUGAUUUUAGCUUUUUGAAAAUGUUUGGUUGAGAGCUCUUGUAUGGUAACAAGAGCAGUGAAUGAGCGGUGUAGGAAAUGAUUUAAAGAAAGUCAUUUAACUGUAUUUUCCAUGUUGGGGAGAGGUACAAUAUUUGGAAGAGUAAGAUAUGAAUUCCAGCUGAAGAUAAAUUGUGUAAUUUCUGAAUAGUAUUUUAAUUUUUACAGAUUUCUUGAGGCUUUACAUUUUCCUUCAGGAUCAUACUCAUGGACACAAUGUAUUUGUCAAGCAACACAACAAGCACACUGUUUUUGUUUUACAACUAGAGCAAGCCUUGUUUUACGUUUUCGCAAUUUUGAUGUCGUAAUGAUGUUGGUCACUGGAGUGCGUAGCAACAGCAUAUACAGUUUGAUAUCAAAAGAUAAAUGUUUUGCGCAUCAAGAGAGAGCCACAUGUGUUUGUGUGAAUGUGUUCAGGUUGAAUGUAUAUAUAUAUAUAUAUAACUUCUGUUUGACUAUUGAUAUAAUGAGCAUAUCAGUAAAUGAACUGUAUCAUAUAUGAAUCUGCUCUAAAUAUAUUGAACCAUAAUUAACUUAAUCAAGUAUUUCGUGUCAAACAAAUCCUAAAAUUUUAAAUCAUACUUUAUGUAUAUUUUUCAUCAUCCGAUGUACUACAGCAGUUUUUUUGUUGUGACAAACUUGUGACUGUCAGGGCUUUCAGUAUGUCUUGUCACUUAUCUGCGUUUGCACUAGCUCUCAAAUAAAACCCGCAGAGUCCCUGA